AUGGAGAAGCGACAAGCUGUCGAUGUGUUGGACCGGGCGGCCCUGUAUCAGCAGGCGCUCAAAGAAGACAACGUCUCACCAUGGUCCAAGGGGAUGUUGAUCAUGUAUCUGAUGUUGUUUGUUGCUAUGAUGAAUGACACGGCCGAGGGCUUCGACUCAUCGUUGAUGAGCUCCAUCAACGCAAUGACACCGUACCACACCUUCUUCCAUGUCGGCCGGCAGACAGGGAGCACCGGGAUUGUGUUUGCCAUCUAUUCGCUCGGCAUCGCCUUGGGUGCCCCCAGCUCCGGCGCGAUCAUCGACCGCUGGGGCCGUCGCAUUGGGAUGUUCAUCGGCGCCAUCAUCAUCAUUAUCGGCACCAUUCUCGAGAGCGCAGGACCUGACAUUGGCUCCUUCAUGGUCGGUCGAUUCGUCAUCGGCUGGGGGUUGUCGAUCUCCAACAUCUCGGCCAUCACUUAUCUGGUCGAGAUCAUCUACCCGCCGUGGCGUGGAAUUUUUGGAGGUCUCUACAACGUUUUGGGCUACUACAUUGGAUCUAUCAUUGCCUCGUGGGUCGUGUAUGGCACAGCAUACAUCGACAACAACUGGAGCUGGAGGCUACCAACCGUUCUGCAGCUUGUACCGUCGCUGUUUGUCCUAGCCGGCGCGCUAUUCAUUCCAGAGAGCCCACGAUGGCUCAUGGAACGGGACCGCACCGAGGAAGGGAUUCAGAUCUUGAUCAACCAUCACGGCGGCGGCAAUCCGAAUUCGGCAGUCGUGCGGCUCGAGGUAGACGAGAUCCAGCAGUCGAUCAUCAGCGAAGCAUCGCUCAAGGACUCGAGAUGGUGGGAUCUGCGCCCACUGUUCAGCACUCGCGGUGGUCGCUUCCGCGUCUGGAUCAUCUUCGUCUUCGGCUUCUUCAACCAGUUCACCGGCGGCGGCGUCAUCUCGUACUACCAGACCACCAUCUACUAUGACGUGGGUAUCACCAGUACCCACACGGAGCUGCUCAUCAGCGCCAUCUCCGGGCCACUGACCAUGUGUGCCGGAUUCGUCGGCAGUAUGCUUAUGGAGAAGAUGGGCCGCCGCAAGAUCAUGCUGUGGGCCGUCUUCUUCCAGAUGUUCUGGUACCUGCCCACCAACGUAAUGGCGUACUAUGCCGCCGGCGACCAUCUGCACAAGCCAUGGAUGGGCUAUCUGUUUGUAGUUUUUGUUCAGUUGUAUUCGUGGGCCUCGUCAUUUGGCUGGACCACCCUGCAGCAGGUGUAUCCUGCCGAGAUCCUAGGUAACGAUAUGCGAGCCAAGGGCAUGUCACUGCACAUGUUCCUCAACUACGCUGGCUCCUUUGUCGCGACUUAUACCACCCCGAUCGCUCUGGAAAACCUCGGCUGGAAGGCAUACACCGUUUACCUCUGCAUCAUGUUCGUCGAGUUCUGGCUCCUGUACUUCUGCAUGGUGGAAACCAAGGGCAAGACCCUCGAGGAAAUCGAGGAGAUCUUCAACGAUCCCAACCCUGUCAAGAAGUCCCUGGAGACACGACCGGUGAUCACAGAGGACGAGGUGGUGGGUGUGUGA